AUGGAUGAAGCUUUGAUAAUUCAAGAUCUAACCGUUAUCCCUGUAAAUCUUAGACAAGGUCUGACUCAUUACAUGUAUGCCAAGAAAUUAAAGAAGAAAUCUAUUCUCAUUUAUAAUGUCCACCCUUUAAUGGAUGCGAAGUCUCUGUUCAAUUUUUUUAAAUUAUUCGGUGAAGUAACUAGUCUACGUUAUUCUCCGCCUGAAGCUCAAGCUCUUUUCGAAUAUGAUAAAUUAGAGUGUAUAGAAAAUAUUUUAUCAACUCCAAUGAAUAAAAUUUAUCAAUUCCAAUUGACAAGUAUUGAUAUUCCUGAAAGUUAUUUAAAUCGAAAUCCUGAAUGGAUAAUAGACUAUCAGAAGGCAAAAAAUGAUUCCGAGAUGAUUUUACAAAAUUAUUUCAAGAAGCGUAUAGAACUUAGUAAAACACCAGAUAAGGAUGGUUGGAUUACUGUUAACAAGGGAACACGUUUUACACUGAAAUACAACAAUAUCAAUUAUACUGAGAAAAAAAUUAUCAAAAAUGCUGAUCAUUACUUAGGAAGUCUGAUCGAUUCACAAUUGGAUUCAUGGAGUUCAUAUGUGUUAUAUUAUGCGUCUGGGGUAAUCCUAGCGUUGCUGUAA